CGCGUGCGUGCGCACUGAUGCUCGGAAUUCCGCGCGACUGACUCACCGAGGAUAGCAGAAAGCACUUUAUAUAAUACGGUGCAUGCACAGCACGGAGCAUGCACCCGGUACACAGUCGCGGUUCGGACAUAAGCAGACGCGGUGAUUUGCACGGAUCUUGAUUAACUUUCAUGCCGAGACAAUCAUGUGGACGCCGACAGAGGACGAAAAGCUCGGAGUCGUGAUCUGCAGCUUCCGUGGCUCCGUGUCUCACGGCCUGAUUCUCGAGCUCGGAGAGACUGUUCAGAUCCUGGAAAAGUGUGAAGGAUGGUUUCGAGGAUUCUCCACGAAGAAACCUGAUAUCAAGGGCAUUUUCCCGGCCAGCUUUGUGUACCUGCAGAAGGCCGUCGUCACCAACAGAGGGCAGUACGAGACGGUGGUGCCCUUCGAGGACCCCAUUGUGACUGAGGUCACCUCCACUUUGCAGGAAUGGGCCGUGUACUGGAAGCAGCUCUAUGUGAAGCAUAAAGUGGACCUCUUCUAUAAGCUGCGUCACGUGAUGAACGAGCUGAUCGACCUGAGGCGGCAAAUGCUAUCCGGUCAUCUGACCCAGGAUCAGAUUAGUGAGAUCAAACGCCACAUCACGAUCCGCCUGGACUGGGGAAAUGAACACUUAGGGCUCGAUCUGGUACCAAGGAAGGACUUUGAAAUGGUGGAUGCAGACCAGAUUAGCGUCACUGAUCUCUACAAAAUGCAUCUGUCCAGCCGACACAGCGUCCAGCAGAGCACGUCACAGGGGGACGGUGCUCGACAGCGGCACGGGGAUACGUGCCGGAUUCCUGUACCUCAUCACCUGUUUGUAAAUCUGAAGAGCUUCACUUACAACACGAUCGGCGAGGAUACGGACAUCUUCUUCUCCCUCUAUGAUCUCCGAGAGGGAAAGUACAUAAGCGAGAAGUUCAUGGUGAGGCUCAACAAAAACGGAGGCCCAAAGAACCCGGAAAAGAUCGACCGUCUCUGUGCUCUGUUCACGGACCUGAGUAAUAAGGACAUGAAGCGAGACCUGUACAUCGUAGCUCAGGUCAUCAGGACGGGUCGAAUGCUGCUGAACGACUCUAAAAAAGGCCCCCCUCACGUGCACUACAGACGCCCGUACGGCUGUGCAGUUCUGGCCAUGAGCGACGUUCUGCACACCAUUUCUGAGCUGAAGGAGGAGAAGGACUUCGUACUUAAAGUCUACACAUGUAACAACGAGAACGAGUGGUACCAGAUCCACGAGAACAUCAUCCGCAAGUCCAGCACCAAAUACACCGCGCCCAGCACCAACUACGGUCUGAUCAUCUCUCUACAGCUGCUCCGAGGAGAGACGGAUCAGAUCCGCAGGGAAAAUCCCAUGAUCUUUAACCGGGGCGUCGCCGUCACUCGCAAACUGGGUUUUCCUGAUGUUAUUAUGCCAGGUGAUAUACGUAAUGAUUUGUAUCUCACUUUGGAGAGGGGCGACUUCGAGAGAGGAGGGAAGAGCGUCCAGAAGAACAUCGAGGUCACAGUGUAUGUGCUGUACGCUGAUGGAGAGAUUCUCAAAGACUGCAUUAACCUCGGCUCAGGAGAGCCGAACAUCAGCGAGCACCGAUCUCUGGUUCUCUACCACAACAACAGCCCUCGCUGGAGUGAAGUCGUCAAGCUGCCCAUCCCUAUCGACAGAUUCCGGGGAUCGCAUCUGCGCUUCGAGUUCAGACACUGCUCAACUAAAGAUAAGGGUGAGAAGAAGCUCUUUGGCUUCGCCUUCACACCUCUAAUGAGGGAGGACGGUACGACGUUAUCCGACGAGAGUCACGAGCUCUAUGUGUACAAGUGUGAUGAAAACACGACGUUCAGUAACCACGCACUGUACUUGGGUCUGCCCUGCUGUAAAGACGAUUUUAACGGCUGCCCCAACAUCCCCUCCAGCCUCAUCUUUCAGCGCAGCAUCAAGGAAACCCUGUGGAUCUCCACACAGCUGUCCUCCACCAAACUCACACAGAACGUGGACUUGCUGGCUCUGCUGAAGUGGAAAGCUCAUCCCGACCGGGUGAUGGACAUCAUGAGUCGACUGCGACAUGUCAGUGGAGAGGAAAUAGUCAAAUUCCUUCAGGACAUCCUGGACACGCUGUUCUCCAUUUUGGAUGACAACACGGACAAAUUUGGCCCUCUGGUGUUUCAGUCUUUGAUAUUUAUUAUCAAUCUUCUCCGGGACAGCAAAUACUACCACUUCCGCCCAGUGAUGGACACCUACAUCCAGAAACACUUUGCUGGAGCGCUGGCCUAUAAGGAGCUCAUCCGCUGUCUGAAAUGGUACAUGGACCGCUCAGCAGAGGUGGUCCGGCAAGACCACAUCCAGGAAGCGAUGAGGGCGCUGGAGUACCUGUUUAAAUUCAUCGUACAGUCGCGGAUCUUGUACUCUCGGGCCACCUGCGGGAUGGAGGAGGAACAGUUUCGGACCAGCAUCCAGGAGCUCUUCCAGUCCAUCCGCUUCGUCCUGAGCUUGGACAGCCGUAGCUCAGAGACUCUAAUCUUCACCCAGGCGGCCCUGCUUAAUUCCUUUCCGGCCAUCUUUGAUGAGCUCCUGCAGAUGUUUACAGUGCAGGAGGUGGCUGAGUUUGUAAGGGGGACCUUGGGGAGCAUGCCCAGUACGGUCCACAUUGGCCAGUCGAUGGACGUUGUAAAGCUGCAGUCCAUUGCUCGAACUGUAGACAGCAGGUUGUUCUCAUUUCCAGAGUCUCGGAGGAUUCUGUUGCCUGUGGUCCUGCACCACAUCCAUCUUCAUCUGCGGCAGCAGAAAGAGCUGCUCAUCUGCUCGGGCAUCCUGAGCAGCAUCUUCUCCAUCAUCAAAGCCAGUUCACUGGAGACCUCGGUGCAGGAGGAGGUGGAGAUGGUGGUGGAGAGCCUGCUGGACGUUCUUCUGCAGACUCUGCUCACCAUCAUGAGCAAGUCUCAGGCUCAGGAGGCGGUAAGAGGCCAGCGCUGCCCACAGUGCACGGCUGAGAUCACUGGUGAAUACGUGUCCUGUCUUCUCUCCCUCCUCCGCCAAAUGACAGACAUUCACUUCCAGCACCUCCUCGAUAACUUCCAGAGCAAAGAGGAGUUAAAGGAGUUCCUGCUGAAGAUUUUCUGCGUCUUUCGGAACUUGAUGAAGCUCAGCAUUUUUCCCAGAGACUGGAAUGUGAUGCGUCUGCUGACCAGCAACAUCAUCGUGACAACAGUUCAGUAUCUGGCUCCUGCUCUGCACAAGAACUUCACAGACGCCGACUUCGAUUUCAAGAUAUGGAACUCGUACUUCAGUCUGACAGUGCUGUACAUCAACCAGCCCAGUCUACAACUCGAGACUUUAUCUCCAGCCAAGAGGAAGAAGAUCCUGGACAAGUAUGGUGACAUGAGAGUCAUGAUGGCGUAUGAGCUAUUUAGCAUGUGGCAAAACCUGGGUGAAAAUAAGAUUCACUUCAUCCCGGGGAUGAUCGGGCCCUUUCUGGGUGUGACGCUGGUGCCUCAGAGCGAGGUCAGAAAUAUCAUGAUCCCCAUCUUCCAUGACAUGAUGGACUGGGAACAGCGCAAGAACGGCAACUUCAAACAGGUGGAGGCAGAGCUGAUUGAUAAGUUAGACAGUUUGGUAUCUGAGGGGAGAGGAGACGAGAACUACAGGGAGCUUUUCGGUUUGCUUACCCAGCUUUUCGGACCCUAUCCCAGUCUUUUAGAGAAGAUCGAGCAGGAGACGUGGCGUGAGACCGGCAUCUCUUUUGUCACCUCGGUCACUCGCCUCAUGGAGAGGCUGCUGGACUACAGGGACUGUAUGAAGGGAGACGAGACAGAGAACAAAAAAAUCGGCUGUACCGUCAACCUGCUGAACUUCUAUAAGUCUGAGAUCAAUAAGGAGGAGAUGUACAUCCGCUACAUCCACAAGCUGUGCGACAUGCACCUGCAGGCCGAGAACUACACAGAGGCUUCGUUCACAUUGCUGCUUUACUGGGAGCUGCUGCAGUGGGAGGAUCGACCCCUCCGAGAGUUCCUGCACUACCCUGCUCAGAGCGAGUGGCAUCGCAAAGAGGACCUCUGCCGGAAAGUCAUCCACUACUUCAACAAGGGCAAGUGCUGGGAGUACGGGAUUCCGUUCUGUCGAGAGCUGGCAUUACAGUACGAAUCCUUAUACGACUACCAAAGCUUGAGCUGGAUACGGAAAAUGGAAGCGGCGUAUUACGACAACAUCAUGGAGCAGCAGAGACUGGAACCCGAGUUCUUCAGGGUGGGCUUUUACGGCCGCAAAUUUCCCUUUUUCCUCAGGAAUAAGGAGUUUGUGUGUCGGGGACACGACUACGAACGGCUCGAAGCGUUCCAGCAGAGGAUGCUGGGAGAAUUCCCACAGGCCAUUGCCAUGCAGCACCCCAAUCAGCCAGAUGAGGCCAUUCUGCAGUGUGAUGCCCAGUACCUUCAGAUCUACGCCGUUUCUCCAGUUUCAGAGAACGUGGACGUGCUUCAGAUGGACCGCGUGCCGGACCGCAUCAAAAGCUUCUACCGAGUGAACAACGUGCGGCGCUUCCGCUACGACCGGCCCUUCCACAAAGGCCCCAAAGACAAGGAGAACGAGUUUAAGAGUCUGUGGAUCGAGAGGACCACGCUGAUCCUGACACACUCACUGCCCGGCAUCUCUCGCUGGUUUGAGGUGGAGAAAAGAGAGCUGGUUGAGGUGAGCCCACUGGAGAACGCCAUCUCGGUGGUGGAGAACAAGAACCAGGAGCUGCGGACCCUGAUCAGUCAGUACCAGCACAAGCAGCUCCACGGCAACAUCAACCUGCUCAGCAUGUGUCUGAACGGCGUGAUCGACGCCGCCGUCAACGGAGGGAUCGCCCGUUACCAGGAGGUGUUCUUCGAUAAGGAGUACAUCACCUCUCAUCCGGAGGACACAGAGAAGAUCGCUCAGCUGAAAGAUCUCAUGCAGGAACAGGUUCAUGUUCUCGGGGUCGGUCUGGCGGUCCAUGACAAACUGGUGCACCCAGAGAUGCGUCCUCUUCACAAGAAGCUGAUCGAUCAGUUCCAGAUGAUGAGGAGCAGCUUGUGCCUCGGUCUGCCAGGCUUGGACAGACUAAGUGCGGUCUGCUCUGGAUCCAGCAACCCGCGGGCCGUCCUCACUUCCCAUAAUCCCAUGAGCCCGGACAGCAUCAAACUCAUGCACAGACACAGUGAGACUGGGAACCUUCUCAUCCUUACUGAUGGAGUGCUGAUGGAGCAUUCUGAGGAACUCUACCGCAUGCAGCCCAGCCCUUCGACGUCCAGCCUGAGCUCCACACACUCCGCCCCGCCUCAGAUGAUCAAUUCAGGGAGCAUCCGAGUCAGUUCUCCAUCACUGCCUGAUAAAUACCGGCACAACCGGGAGAUGCUGAUGCUGCUGCCAGCCCAUCGAGAUCGGCCCAGCAGUGCCAUGUACCCCAACCUCAAUGAGAAUGGACAGCCCACCAAUCUGCAGAGAGCUCUGUUCCAUCAGGUGAUUGGUCCAUGCAAACCAUGCAGUGACCCCAACCUGUCGGUGGCUGAGAAAGUGCUGACCGCUCCGAGCAGUUGGAGUCUGGACAGCGGCACCAGAGACGCCCUUCCUUUCCUGUCUGCUCACGUGGGAGGUGUGAUGGCUCCGCCGGUGCCUCCUCGCAACUUCCCUCAUGGCCACUUCUCCAUGCACUUUGAUGCUUUCCAGCACCAGAUCGGUGAGCUUCCUCCAGCUCUUCCUGCACGCUCCUUACGAAAGUCACCUCUCCACCCUAUACCUGCGUCGCCUACGAGUCCUCAGUCGGUUCUCGAUGGCAGUAACUCCACGCUGUCGGGCAGUGCCAGCAGCGGCGUCUCAUCCCUGAGCGAGAGCAACUUCGGUCCGUCCUCGUCAGACGCUCCAGUGCUGGACACGACAUCCGGGUGCCACGCGUGGACGGCGGACGCCGAUGAAGCAGACCCUUCCAGCGUCCCGGUGCGCUACAGCAUCUCUGAACCCGACGUCCUGGACAGCCUGAAGUCCGCUCCCUGCCGCAGCUUCUCCGCACCAGUGGGCGUGAUGCCGAUACUGCCUCAGGAAGGACACCACCACAUCCACGCCGUCCACGCCGGGUACAUGGGGCAUUACCACCUGCAUCAGCAUGACCCCUCUUCUGUUCUCCCCCCUAAACCGUUCCUGAGGGAGGGGUGCAUCCCUGAGGAGGACUUGAGGCCUGUGCCGAGGCCGCUGCCACGCAAGAUCUCCCAGCCGCUGCUCAGCAAGGACCAGGAGCAGGCCAAAGUGGCAUGGGAGCAUGGCAUCAGUGAGCAGUAGAGACGGCGUGGGCAGAUCUUUGUGAAUUGAGUGAGUGAAGCGAGGUUUGAGUUUUGGUCUUGAGUCUGAUUGGUGGUUUGGUUGCAUUACCUCCAGAAUGAUUUUCUGUAAAUCAGUGCUUGCCAUUUUCAGGGUUUCUGUCUUGGGAUGUUUUGGGAUGGAAAUUGAAUUACAAGCGACUGGAUUUUGCUGGAAUCGAUCCAAAAGAUCUUUUACUGGCCACUGUGGGAACAUCAUUAAUUCUGGUUCAUCACCCAUGGAUGAGCACAGCACAGUUUUUUAACAGGCUGUGAGCCAAAAGUCCUAUUCGGAUGGGUUAUGUUUAACGUCAGGAGGUUGGAUUAUAUAUGGGAAUUUACGUCAUUAGGGCAUCUUUGACCAUACCACAGUAAAAGGAUCUAUAGACAGGGCACCAGCACACACAUUGUUACUACAGCACUAUUGUUACUGCACUGGGCUUUUUUUAUCACCAUCCACAUUUUGACACCCAUUAUGGCACCUCUGAAUGUCAAAAUAAUCCCAGUAUGAAAUGCCGUUUUGGUAAAUAAUCUGUUACAUCCCGUUGGAUUUAAAUUCUCCAUAACAUUGGAGCCAAAGUGUCCAAGUUAAAAAGCAGAAUCACUCACUCACUUUUUUUACCUGCUUAUCCAAUCAUGGUCGCGCGGGGGGGAUCCUAUCCCAGCUUUUCAAUGGGCGCAAGGCACACAGUAACACCCUGGACAGAGUGCCAGUCCAUUGCAGGGCAGACACAUACACACACCCAUUCACCUAUAGGGCAAUCCAGUGUCUCCAAUUAACCUGACUGCAUGUUUUUGGACUGUGGGAGGAAACCGGAGCUCCCGGAGGAAACCCACACAGACACGGAGAGAACAUGCAAACUCCGCACAGAAAGGACCCGGACCGCCCCGCCUAUGGAUUGAACCCAGGACCUUCUUGCUGUGAGGCGACAGUGCUACCCACCGAGCCACCGUGCCGCCCUAAAAAGCAGAAUCAUAAGCCGAAAAAAAUUGGUAAUAAAUGGUAAAUAAUAAAUAAAUAAAUAAAUAAAUAAAGGACAGUUGUAGCCUAGCGGUUAGGGUACUGGACUAGUAAGGUCACUGGUUCAAGGCCCUUAACCCUCAAUUGCUUAGACAAUAAAAAAAAUGAAAGCGUCUGCUAAAUACCGAAAAUGUAAAUGGUAACGUGUACGUAAACGCCCCCUGGUGGAGGCUUUAUGUUACGUCUUGUAUAGAGAGAGUAAGAUGCAUUGCUUGUGUUGCCUGGGUCGUGUAAAAAAUCAUGGACAAAAUGUGGGUCGCUGAGAUAGAUGACAGUAAGUUACUUAAGAUAAAUUAUACUAUAGCUAUAAGCUGUAUAUAUGUAAUGGACAUGUAGUUUAUUUAAUAUCAGGCCCAACUUGCACAAACACCAGUGCUAACAAAGCUAAAAACAAUCCGAGACAAGACAAAUAAAGUUACUUUCUUCUAGUUUUUAUGGCCCAGACUGACAGCCUUUAUUUUGGCUUUGUAUAAAUAUAUAUUGUCUUUUUGGUGUCAUAUACGUUUAAGUGUACAUUCAAUUCAAUGAAGGUUAUUUUUUCCUCUGCUCCUAUAUACACUAUAUGGACAGUUAGAAGGGGUAUUGGGACGUCCCUUCUAAUUACUGAAUCCAUGUGUUUCAGCCACAACAAUUGCUAACAGGUGUAAUAAAUCAGCGAUAUUCAGGGAAUGAUAAGCUUCCAAGUUUGCAGCAACAGUUUAGGGAAGGCCCUUUCCUGUUCCAGUAUGACUGCACCCCUGUUUCAUGAAUAAAAGCUCGAUUUAAAGAAACUCCAGUGUCCUGCACAGGGUUCAACAGCUCUGGAAUGAACAGGAGCCAUCAGCCAUACACAUGUUGUCAUUCUUUGACUGAAUGGGCACAAAUUCCCACAGGCAUACUUAAAAGUCUCGUGAGAAGGUGCUGUUAUAGCUGAAAUGAUCACAUAGAGGUCGCUCUAUUUUAAUACCAUUGCUGUUGAAAUUGGAUGUCCGACAAGCUCAUGGUCAGGUGUCCACGUACUUUUGGCCAUAUGGUGUAUAGGGCUCACCACAGUGGUAUUACGUUUUAAUGUCAUAGUACUUCUUUUACAGUUAAAUACGAGUCCUAAUUGUUGUAAAAUGAUGUAUUUUUUUAUUUAAAUAGUAUGAAUUAAUGCAAAUAGUUUGGCAUGUUCAAUAUACGCAAAAACAACCACUUCUUCUGGAUCAACGCACUUUAGCACUUAGUUCUGAAGCACCAAA